AUGGUGGCCUCGUUCUCUCCUCACCGUGAUGCUGGAGGCACUCUGCACCUCUCCUCCAGCAGUUUUCAUGCCACACACAAGAACUCGGCCCUAAGUCAACUUCGACGCUCGCUAUCGAGGAGUCCGUCCAAGACAACGGACUUCAGAUUACUCUCUCCAUCCACGUUCAACUCGCCGGCAACCAGGCACCCAAAUUUCACUUCGUCCAAUCUCUCACCUUCUAAACAGACCUCCCACGGCAAGAUUCUUUUCGUUCCUAACCCAAACACUCCGUCUCCCGUGGCUAUUCCGUUCCCUCCCAGUGCAAAAAUCCAUCGUCCUCCUAUGCGCCGGAGUCGUUUCAUGCAUUCUUCCAAGACUAGUAGCUCCUCCGGCUCAGCAAAACGGGUACUGGGCGAGUCUAGAGAUAACGGAAACUCGGCUGCUUCUCCAGAACCUCCCACCAUCGACGCCAUGGAUGAAAAGGUCUCUACCACACCACCGAGCCCAGUGCUCUUCAGAGGCGGCCAGGAGAGCCCCCUCAUUCUAUCCUCUCCCAUCGAGCAACAUCCAGAAGAUACCUCUACCGCUGGACGAGAGAAACGCCGAAGUGGGAACAUGGAGUCAACGACACCACUCUCCUCCAGCCCCUUGAAACGGGCAGAUGUCAACAUGACGAUGGAUUCCCUUGGUGCUGAGAGUCCUUCAGCCAAGCGUAGAAGCUUGCAUGGUGUUAGCUUUGGCGCCGACUUUGACGUAUUCGAGUCUAGCUACUCAGCAAUCAAUUCUCCCCUAAACAACCAGAACCCAAAGGAACCUCGGUUCCAACCACCGGGUCACUAUUUCUCUACCAUACCAAAACGUUCUUCCUCGUUGAGGCGAUCUACCAUCCAGCAACGACAUCCGGAGCGGUCUCCCUUUGUUCGGAAGAUAAGUGCGGAUAAUGAUGGAUCGCUUCAGCUACAGAACAAGAAUCGCAUGGCAAUCGACAAUUCGACAUUCCUUCCCCUCAAUGGACCAGACUCUUCUCCAUCUCCGAAUCCAUCUACUUCUCUGUUCACAGCUCCUUCGUCAUCUACUUUCCACCCUCCUACUCAUCCUCUCUCUCGCACUAUUACGCAAUCCUCGUCCAGCUCAAGCGUCGGGGAUGACUCUCCCACCAACAGAGCUGUAAGCUCAAAUUUCUCGGAAGCCAGGCCCAUCCUUAACUUUUCCAAGUCUCUGCCAAUUGGUGCUGUGGCACCAAGGGCUCCCAGUCUUCUACGACAGGAAUCUUCCAAUGCCUCCGCUUCUCCCUUUUCCACACCGGAAAACUACAAGCUUGUGAAACCAUUACCUGCGGCUUUCAUGUCCACCGGCCUGAUUUCGAAGAAAAACAAGAAUGUCUCGGACUUCCGUAACAGCUCGACUAUGAGCCACAACAUGCCCGAGACUCCUUGCAAACGCGCAUCAAAUGUGCUUUUUGGACCCAAGCCUCUGCACCAAGCUAACAGCGCAAAAUUCCUUCCUUACCACAAGUCUUCCGGCUCCUUUGAGACCCCCUUCACUCAUCGUGUCAAGGCUCCCUCUUCCCGUGUCGUUUCAACCUGCUCCCGCCGUGGGAGUCUGGCUAGUAUCGAUGGUGAUAUUAGCUCUAUUCCACGAUCACCAUCGGCCCCUUUUGACAGCCAAUGUGCCACAGACUCUGAUCUUCCUCCCACACCCACCAGGCGAGGCCUCUUCCCUCAACACGUCUCCAAUUCCGCCCCAUUCCAAUUCCAAGCUGCAAGUCAACCAAACUCUGAUGCCAACAGAGGCGAAUCCGGUUUAUUUUCUCCUGAUGAUCACACCUUUAGUCUUGUAGAGUCAAAUGCCUCAGCUCUACCUGCAACUCCCACCGCUCCCCGUGAAUCGUUUCCAAAUCUCGGGAAACGAACUAGCUUCCCUCUUGGCGGCUAUAAUUCCCCUGAUAUUGACCCGUGCCUCAACUCACGCUUUGACAAAGUGGAGCUCAUUGGUACCGGUGAAUUUUCCCUCGUCUACUCAGUCUCAGAGCGUGUUUCUCCACCAUCAACUCAACUCUUCCAGUCUCAGACAUCCUUCUCAACUAACUCGACCCCUACAAAUACCGGCAGCCGGAAGUUAUGGGCUGUCAAGAAAUCGAAACAGCCAUAUGCUGGAUCCAAGGACCGAGAAAGACGAAAUAAUGAAGUCGUCGCUCUCAAGGCUCUUCAUGGCUCUGAUCAUAUAAUCAGCUAUGUUGAUAGCUGGGAGGAUAAAGGAUACCUCUACAUCCAGACCGAGUUCUGCGAGGAAGGUAGUCUUGAUGUCUUUCUAUCUCAGGUAGGCCUGAAAGCUAGGCUUGACGACUUUAGGAUAUGGAAGAUCCUACUAGAGUUGGCACAUGGCUUGAAACAUAUCCAUGAUACAGGCUUUAUCCACCUGGAUUUGAAACCAGCAAACAUUCUCAUCACCUUCGAAGGUGUGCUGAAGAUUGCAGACUUUGGCCUUGCCACUCGUUGGCCUGCUGCAGCUGGAAUCGAGGGUGAAGGUGAUAGAGAGUACAUUGGACCAGAAGUACUGAUGGGCCGAUAUGACAAGCCUGCAGACAUAUUCGCUCUCGGGUUGAUCAUGUUUGAAAUUGCAGGCAAUGUUGAGCUCCCAGAUAAUGGAGUUUCGUGGCAGAAGCUCCGAAACGGGGACAUGAGUGAUGUUCCAAGCCUGACUUGGAGCGGAGAAAGCAGCAACAUCCUCCGUGAUGCUUCGGGUAAUCCACUAGUUGAAUCAUCAAUUGGAAACCUGUCUUCAUUUGACGAUUUCGACAAAGACUGCCCCUCACAGGAUGUUUCUUCCAACUACUUCCAGCUGUCUCAGCGAAAGGGCGCCCCUAGUGCCCGCAGUGGGGAACUUGCAGAGCCGCCAGCGUUCAUGGUUGAUGCAGACAACGACCAAGCUCUCGAUAAACUAGUUGGAUGGAUGAUAUCCCCUAACCCUCCAGACCGUCCUGUUGCGGAUGAAAUCCUUCAGUCCUUCGGGGUACAAUGGGCCGAACAGAGACGUCGAGCGGGCGCCACGAUCUUCGAAGGGAACUGGGGACCGGCUGACGAGGUACUUAACGAAGACGCCGAAAUGAUGGACGUCUAA